UUUAUUUUCAGUAAGUUUCAGACAUUCUUCAAGUUGCAACGAGUGUGCUUCAAGAUGAAUUUAGAGCUGUAUUUGGUGGUUGGGAUUGCCACAGCGAUCGCCGGUGUGCCUGUGCCUGAAAAAGAAGAAGUAUCUCCCAAAGGAAGAAACUUGGUUAUAGUAGAACCAUUUUAUAACCAGUACGAGUUCAUGGAUGAUGAUCCCGAAGCGAUCGCCGGGUUUGAAGACGAAAACGAGAUUAUGUACCCCACUGGAAGCUUGGGCGAUCUUGAAGUGGCCGAAAGUAACAUUGUGUUUCGUCCAUUAUUUGCGUAUCGAAAACAGAUGGCGAAAAGGAGAAGGGUUUACACCCAGCCAUCCGUUGCAACCCUUCCAUCGCCUCUACCCUCAAGAAGAAAGUACGUCUUCAGAUACCCAGUGUUUAAAAGAAAUCCUCAGUAUGAACAUGUUCAGUACGAUUACGUGCCGUAAAGUGAGUUUUGGGGUUUUAACUUAAGUACUACAGUUUAUUUAUUUAAAAUGUAUUUAUUCUGCUAUUUUUAUUAAUAAACAGUUCCGUACAGUGGA